GCAUGAUUAGCUAAGCAAUUAUGAAUAGGUAUUUUAGAAUCAGUAUUCAAAAUUAUUUCUGAAAUGUCGUUUAUGUACCACAUGAUAUGAUUAACUAGUACAAGUUUUCAAGAACUUCCAGUUAUUCUAAUUAGAAAGUGUACGGAAAUGGUAGCUGGUGGAACAAAUGUUAACAAUAAUGAUUUCGAGUGCGAAGAAGACAAUAGCGAUUUGUGCACAAAAAAUAAGUCAAGGAUGUAUCCCGGACUAAUAUUCUUGCCAAAGCAUGUAGUGAUUUUAUCAAAGACGACUAGGUUGGAUUAUGAGAGGCGGAAACACCUGCAUCUGAGUCGCACUCAGUUUUGCUCACUGUUAAAAAGAAGUGGCUGGAAUUAUAAGGAAAUGAAAAAGAAACACACUGAGCAGCAGAAUUAUAUUCGUACUAUGCGCCAAUGUCUUGAAAAUCGAGGAAUUGAAGUGGAAAUUGUGACGCGAAGCGAAUAUACAAUGGAAGUAGUAGCCCAUGCAGAUGCUGUGUUUUCGGCUGGAGGUGAUGGUACUUUUUUGGUGGCUGCUGAAAAAAUACGUGAUCAUCGAGCUGUUGUUGGCUUCAAUACUGAUCCAAUGGGGUCCGAAGGAUAUCUGUGUAUAACAAGGAAAAGAACACAGCCAGUUGGUGAAAUAAUCGAGAAACUACUCAAGGGCGAGUGCAGGUGGAUUCGAAGACAAAGGAUACGUGUUACGAUAUUAAAAUGGGUAGAAAAUGACAAAAAUAAUGCGGAAUCUGAUGAAGAAUAUCAUGAAAAAAGCGACAAAUUACGUGAAGCCCGGUUGUUUUUACAAGAUAAUGGCUAUCCUGAGUAUCCAUUGUUAGCUCUUAAUGAUGUGUUCAUCGGUGAAAGUCAUGCUUCUCGGGUUAGCUAUUAUGAUGUUCAAAUUGAUGAUGGUACAGUGGUACGUCAGAAAAGCUCCGGUAUGACAGCUUGCACUGGAACAGGCUCUACAUCAUGGAAGCCGAUGUAUGGCCGUGUCCGGCGUGCAGUCGCGCCAUCGUCAGAAGACGGGCUGCAUUGAAUGACCGGACAUUUCCAGUGAUUCUUUUCACGGGAUGAAAAAGAAACGGAAUUACAACAUCAAUCGUGUUUCGGAGCAAAAAGUUAGCGAUUUGUUAUCCGUAAUGGCAGGUAUGAAUUUGCUUGCUGUUGAUCCAACGGAUGCUAUCACCCAGGAAAUAUGCAAACGCUUCAAUGGAAAGUUACUUUUCGAUCCGCAGUGUACAACAAUAGCAUUCACAGUUCGCGAUCCAGUAUUCAAUGCAACAUUCCCAGCUGGAAUACAGCAUGGUUUCGCUAAAAGGAUACGAGUCAGGUCGAGGUGUACUAAUGCUCAUAUUGUUUUGGAUGGCAAUAUUUCUGUACCUUUCAAUUCUGGGACUGAAAUACUCCUAGAAAUCCAUGAGAGUGAUGCAUUAUGUUCCGCUGUGUUUCCAUGAUUCUUUAUUGAAAGAAGCUGAAUAAUCUGUUAACUUAAUGCUCUCCUCUUUAAGAAAUGCAGCCCAAACUUCGAAAUUACUUGAAGUUAGAAAAAAUCCCACCCUAAUGCCAUCAUAUUGAUCGUAGAAUCCAUUCAUCCUUCAUAGUGAGCAGUGACCUCGAUGUCUGUUAGCACUGUUUGAUAAUCACCUCUUCACUAUGUAUGAAAUAUUUUCCUAUUUUGUCACAAUUGUUGUUGGUGACAGGUCACUACAUGCCUUUCAUUGAUAAUUGCAUUGAAUCGUGCCUAUUACAUAUCACCGC